AUAAUAUAGAAUCUUCUUCUUUAGCCCUUAGGAUACGAGCACAAAGGCGGCACCUUUUCUCAAUUCUAAACCCUAAAUCUCUUGCAAUCGCUCGGUCUAUCAAUCAAUCGCCCCGAUUCAAGGUUCUGCAUCAUGGAAUUAGGUCAGGCAGGUACAUUGUCCAGAUCUUUGUGCAAACGUGCAGUUAAACUAGAAUUGGAUGAGUUAAACACAAUCAGGUUUAGUCCUGAAUUUGUCUUUGCACUUGAAUCAUGCUUUUUUGAUAUAUAUGAGAUAUUGCGUCCUAGACCUGGUGAAUAUGAGCAGCGUGAGGCUUUGGUUCGAGCUUUCAACUUGUUGGCAAAAGAUGCGUUUGGUAAUAAUAAGGGGUUUCCUGUUGUGGAAGCCUUUGGAUCUUUCACAAUGGACUUAUUCACUGCUGGAAGUGAUUUGGAUCUAUCUGUUAACUUCAGUAAUGAUUAUACGACAGAAUUCCCUCGUCCUAAGAAGAUUUCUGAACUUAAGAAGUUUACCAGAUUCUUGUAUAAAGUUCAAAGAAAGGGUCACAUUUCCAAGAUCAUACCUAUCCUGGGAGCCAGAGUGCCGGUUGUGAAAGUAAUUGAUUCUGGCACUGGAAUUGAAUGUGAUGUUUCAGUUGAAAACAAGGAUGGUGUUUCCCGUUCGUCUAUUUUCACAAUUGUCUCUUCAAUUGAUGGAAGGUUUCAGAUACUAAGUUAUCUGAUGAAAGCUUGGGCAAAGGCUUAUGAUAUCAACAGCUCAAAAGAUCGCACCAUGAGCUCUUUGUCUGUAAUAUCUCUAGUUGCUUUUCACUUGCAGACGCAAGACCCUCCCAUAUUACCUCCUUUUUCUGCAUUAUUGAGAGAUGGAACUGAUGUAUCAAGCAUACAAAAAGUUGCUGUUGGAUUUAAACACUUUGGGAGUAGAAAUAAAGAAAGUGUAGCUAAACUCUUCAUAACUCUAUUAAUCAAGUUAUCAGCAGUAGAGGGUUUAUGGUCACAAGGUCUCUCUGCUAGUACUUUUGAAGGUUCGUGGAUGGCAACCGGAACUGGCAAUAUGAGUAUUGAAGACUUUUUAGAUCGGUCUCAAAACGUAGCAAGAUCAGUUGGAAAAGCUGAGAUGAAGAAAAUCUAUAAUUGCAUAUGGGAUUCCCUUAAUUUUUUCUUAAGCCUCAUGAGGCCUGAAAUUGGAGAAAUAGAGCUAAAGAAGCAGUUGUUUGGAUUCUUUGCUUUGAAUGAUUCAAGUAAUCAUCAAACUAGUGAACAAAUGAGUUUGAAGAGGCUAAGUCCCUUUCAUGGACCUGAUAUUGUUAAUCCAAUCACAGCUAAAAGAAUGAGGUAUACCGAUGAUCUGCAUUAUUUUAACCCUCCUGCUCCAUUUCAAGAACCACCAAUUCCCCUCAAUAAUUUGUCCAAUUUUUCCCUUCCUCUAAACCCGCUUGCUCCAUUCAAACCUAGUCACAGAGAACAUCAUAUCAAUCCGUUUGAAACUUCCCAUUUAGGUCAACCACAGUCAUCUUUACCACCUCAACUUGCUUAUUUGUCGGUUUCUUCUCACGUUGGUUGUAGGCAGCAAUACCACAACCAAGCUCCAUCUGCACCUCAUUUGAGUUAUCAAGAAGAGCACUGGAAGCCUCCUGUUCCACACCAAUUUUCUUCUGUAUUUGAUCGUUAUCAAGCUGAUCGAGAUUUAAAUCCUGGGUUUACUGAUCACAGGGUUGAAAACCGUUUUACUCCGUAUCAGCUUAAUGGUCCAGAUUGUAAAUUCCCUCAUUUUCAACAUUUAUAAUGAUGUUCGUCUUCAGCCAUAAGUUAUCACAAAGAGCCAGUUUUGAUUCGGCAUCCUGAUGCUGCAUUUGGAGUCUGUAGAUUUCCCUUGAUGCAGAAGAGUAUGCCUCGUCUGUUAUUUGACAAAGAUCAUGAAUGAGGUCGACUUGAAGAUUUUCUCCGCAACUCAUAUGUGGAUGUCAGCAACUAUAUUUGUAUACAUAGCGUAGAGCAUACUUCCUCAAUUUGUUUUUGGAAUUAUUUGAUAGAUAUUGAUGAACCAAAGAACGGUUUCCUGUACUAUGGAAAGAAGAAAAGUGUUUUUUCAGGCAACAUUCAGACACAAAUGGAAUUCCUUAAUUUUCUUC